CGUGACGCCCUCCCUUUCCGGCCUCUCUCGCUGCCUGGCUGGGCGCUCCUUGGGGUCUGGCUGCCGCGUGAGGAGAAGCCGUCGCCAUCAUGCCGGUCUACUUCCAGCGGCCCGAGAACGCCCUGAAGCGGGCGAACGAAUUUCUUGAGGUUGGGAAGAAGCAACCUGCCCUUGAUGUUCUCUAUGAUGUUAUGAAAAGUAAAAAACACCGAACAUGGCAAAAGAUCCACGAGCCGAUUAUGCUGAAGUAUUUAGAGCUCUGUGUGGACCUCCGCAAGAGCCACCUGGCAAAAGAAGGGCUGUAUCAGUACAAGAAUAUCUGCCAGCAGGUGAACAUCAAGUCCUUGGAAGAUGUAGUCCGAGCCUAUUUAAAACUAGCAGAAGAAAAAACCGAAGCUGCCAAAGAAGAAUCUCAGCAGAUGGUGCUAGAUAUAGAAGAUUUGGAUAAUAUUCAGACACCAGAGAGUGUUCUCCUAAGUGCCGUAAGUGGUGAAGACACUCAAGAUCGUACUGAUCGGCUACUUCUGACACCCUGGGUUAAAUUUCUAUGGGAGUCAUACAGGCAAUGCCUGGACCUUCUUAGAAACAAUUCUAGAGUGGAGCGCCUCUACCAUGAUAUUGCACAACAAGCUUUCAAGUUCUGUUUGCAGUACACUCGUAAGGCUGAAUUUCGCAAACUCUGUGACAAUCUGAGAAUGCAUUUGGGUCAGAUUCAACGGCAUCACAAUCAAAGUACAGCCAUCAACCUCAAUAAUCCAGAGAGUCAGUCAAUGCACUUGGAAACCAGGCUCGUACAGCUGGACAGUGCUAUCAGCAUGGAGCUAUGGCAGGAAGCCUUCAAAGCAGUGGAGGAUAUACACGGACUGUUCUCCUUGUCCAAAAAACCUCCAAAGCCCCAGCUGAUGGCAAAUUAUUACCACAAAGUUUCUACCGUAUUCUGGAAAUCAGGAAAUGCACUUUUUCAUGCUUCCACACUUCAUCGUCUUUACCAUCUCUCAAGGGAAAUGCGAAAGAAUCUCACACAGGACGAGAUGCAGAGGAUGUCAACAAGAGUCCUCUUGGCCACUCUGUCAAUCCCAAUAACUCCUGAACGAACUGACAUUGCUCGUCUUUUGGACAUGGAUGGCAUAAUUGUUGAAAAGCAACGGCGAUUAGCAACACUUCUGGGACUUCAGGCCCCUCCUACACGAAUCUCUCUUAUUAAUGACAUGGUGAGAUUCAAUGUAGUACAGUAUGUUGUUCCAGAAGUGAAGGAACUUUAUAACUGGCUGGAAGUAGAUUUUCACCCACUGAAGUUAUGUGGUCGUGUUUGUAAGGUUCUAAACUGGGUAAGAGACCAAUCUGAAAAAGAACCAGAACUGCAGUUGUAUAUCCCUCAUCUGCAAAACAAUACCAUCCUCAGACUGCUUCAGCAGGUGGCCCAAAUUUAUCAAAGCAUCGACUUUUCUCGUCUGACUACUCUGGUUCCUUUUGUUGAUGCUUUCCAACUGGAACGUGCAAUAGUAGAUGCAGCUAGGCACUGUGACUUGCAAGUUCGUAUUGAUCACACUACUCGAACACUGAGUUUUGGAUCAGAUUUGAAUUACUGUACUCGGGAAGAUGCUCCUCUUGGACCACAGCUGCAAAGCAUGCCUUCUGAGCAGAUCAGGAACCAGCUGACCGCUAUGUCUUCUGCCCUAGCAAAGGCUCUUGAAGUGAUUAAGCCACCUCACCUGUUGCAAGAGAAGGAUGAGCAACAUCAACAGGCUGUUACAGCUUACUUAAAAAAUUCUAAGAAAGAACAUCAGCGUAUUCUUGCUCGACGGCAGACUAUUGAGGAAAGAAAGGAACGUCUUGAGAAUUUGAAUAUUCAGCGUGAAAAAGAAGAGUUGGAACAGCGUGAAGCUGAACUUCUAAAGGUUCGCAAAGCUGAAGAGGAGAGACUGCGGCAGGAGGCAAAAGAGAGAGAAAAGGAGCGCAUUCUACAGGAACAUGAACAAAUUAAAAAGAAAACUGUUCGUGAACGACUGGAACAGAUUAAGAAGACUGAACUGGGAGCCAAGGCCUUCAAAGAUAUUGAUAUUGAAGAUCUUGAAGAAUUGGAUCCAGAUUUCAUUAUGGCAAAACAAGUUGAACAGCUGGAGAAAGAAAAAAAGGAACUUCAGGAGCGUCUGAAGAAUCAGGAGAAAAAGAUUGACCAUUUUGAAAGAGCAAAGCGCUUAGAAGAAAUUCCCCUAAUUAAGAGUGCCUACGAAGAGCAAAGAAUCAGAGAUAUGGAGCUUUGGGAGCAGCAAGAAGAAGAGAGGAUUACAACCAUGCAAUUGGAGCGUGAAAAGGCCCUUGAACAUAAGGGGAGAAUGUCAAAGAUGUUGGAGGAUAGAGAUUUGUUUGAAGCUAGGCUCAAGGCAGCAAGGAAAUCAGUUUAUGAGGAAAAACUUAAACAAUUUGAAGAAAGACUAGCAGAAGAAAGGCAUAACCGUAUGGAGGAACGGAAGAGACAGCGCAAAGAGGAAAGACGUAUUACUUAUUACCAGGAAAAGGAGGAAGAAGAAGAAAGACUGAAAGAGGAGAAGAUGCUGAAAGAAAAAGAAGAAAAAGAACGUGUUGAACGUGAAAAACGUGAGCAAGAAAUGCUUGAAUAUCAGGAACAGUGCAGAAAACUUGAAGAAAUAGAGAGGAAGAAACGCCAAAGAGAACUGGAGAUUGAAGAGAGAGAGCGUCGUCGAGAAGAAGAGAGGAGAAAUCUUGAAGAUCCACUUUCAAGGAAGGAAUCUCGCUGGGGUGAUAGAGAAUCUGAAAGUACCUGGAGAAGAAAUGCUGAGCCAGAGUCAGAAUGGAGACGUCCAGCACCAGAAAGAGAGUGGCGUCGUGGGGAAGUACGUGAUGAAGAAAAACCUUUCCGAAAAGAUGAAGCAACUCGACAUAAUGCUCCAGAAGACAGAGCAUCAUCCCCCCAUGAAGCAUCAGAAGAAAAAGUCUUGAAGUGUGAUCUUGAUGAAGAAAGCGGUAAUAGUAGAGCCCUAGAUGAUGACAAACCUAGUUGGCGCUCCAUGGGUGAUGACCAAGGCCCGAGACGGGGGCUGGAUGAGGACCGGGGCCCGAGACGGGGGCUGGAUGAGGACCGGGGCCCGAGACGGGGGCUGGAUGAGGACCGGGGCCCGAGACGGGGGCUGGAUGAGGACCGGGGCCCGAGACGGGAGCUGGAUGAGGACCGGGGCCCGAGACGAGGGCUGGAUGAGGACCGGGGCCCGAGACGAGGGCUGGAUGAGGACCGGGGCCCGAGACGAGGGCUGGAUGAGGACCGGGGCCCGAGACGGGGGCUGGAUGAGGACCGGGGCCCGAGACGGGGGCUGGAUGAGGACCGGGCUAGUUGGCGCAACACAGAUGAUGACAGGGGCCUGAGGCGGGGGCUGGAUGAUGACAGGGGCCCGAGGCGGGGGCUGGAUGAUGACAGGGGCCCGAGGCGGGGGCUGGAUGAUGACAGGGGCCCGAGGCGAGGGCUGGAUGAUGACAGGGGCCCAAGGCGGGGGCUGGAUGAUGACAGGGGCCCGAGGCGGGGGCUAGAUGAUGAACGGGCUAGUUGGCGCAACACAGAUGAUGACAGGGGCCCGAGGCGAGGGUUGGAUGAUGACAGGAUUUCAAGACGUGAUGAAGAUAGAGGGCCAUGGCGUAAUGCAGAUGAGGAUAGAAUCUCAAGGCGUGAUGAUGAUCGUGGACCCAGACGUGCUGGUGAUGAUGACAGAGGUCCUAGACGUGGGGAUGAUUCCAGAUCUGGACCUUGGAGACCAGUUGGUAGACCAGGUGGAUGGAGAGAAAGAGAAAAGGCUCGUGAAGACAGCUGGGGGCCUCCACGAGAGUCCAGGCCUUCAGAAGAUCGGGAAUGGGAUAGAGACAAAGAUCGUGACGAGAAUGAAAAGGACCGAGAGUUUGACAAAGAUCGUGACAUUGAUCGGGAAGAUCGCUUCAGGCGCCCUAGGGAGGAUGCUGGCUGGAGGAGAGGCCCAGCCGAAGAGGUCUCUAGCUGGAGAGAUUCAGGUCGUCGCGAUGAAUGGGAUCGACCUGGGCGUGACUCUAGAGAUGACCGGAGUGGCCGAGACCUUCGAGAUCGACGUGGUGAAGAAAGGAGGGGGCUGCCACCUCCAAGAACAGAUCGGGAAGAAAUGAGCUCCUGGAGACGGGGCGAUGACCGAAAGGAAGAGCCUGAAGAACGUGAACCAGUUCGACGACCACCUGUUCCUGCUGCUCCUGCCCCUGCUCCUGCCCCUGCUCCUGCCCCUGCUCCUGCUCCUGCCCCUGCUCCUGCCCCUUCUGUCUCCAAAGAGCGAGAAAAAGAUGGUGAGAAAGAGAAGGGAGCCUGGAGAACCGAAAAAGAGAGAGAAGCCCUUCGCCGCACUAAAACUGAAACCGAUGAAGAUGGUUGGACCACCGUGCGACGUUAAGUUUAAAACCUAAACGUGGUUUUAAUAUGGUGUUUAGCAUUGAUUUGAUAACAGAAUAUAACAUUGGUGCUUUAACACUUUGAAUUGGUAUUCUUUAACAAAAUUUUCUAGGUAAUGUGGAAGCAUGAAAUUCUAUUACUUGUACGUAGACUGAUCAUGCACAGAACUUGCAAUUAAAAGUUGGAAAUUAAAUGCUGGUUACCCAAAACUUCAAGUGUUGUAUAUGUCACAGAUCACUUGGUGGUAAGAAAUAAUAAUAAUUAAAAAAAACCUGUAGGUAUCUUUGAGUGGCACAUAUAUCUGUCAAAAGCAAACCUAAUCUUUAUUUUAAGUAGCUCUGAAUUUGAGUAGUCUGCAAAGCAUACAUUUAUAAUUGUAUAAAUCCAUGCUUUGAAAAGACCAUAUGAUCUAAAGUGGACAUAA